UUCACAGAAGCAACUUAAGAAAUAGCACUUCAAGCAAAAUGUUCAAGCACGUCAUUGUUGUCCUGGCCGUCAUUGCCUGCGCUGCCGCCAAGCCCGGUCUAUUGCACGCCCCAUUGGCCGCCGCACCACUCGCCCUUGCCGCACCAGCACCGAUCAUCACGGCCACCAGCAGUCAGGUUGUUGCAAGAACCCACAAUGGCAUUGCCGCCGCACCGAUUGUUGCCGCUGCUCCCGUAGCUGCACCUCUAGCGGCUGCGCCUUUGGCCGCUCCAAUUGCACCGAUUUCACCUUUGGUCCGCUACGCCGCCGCACCGCUCGCCGCACCCAUUGCACCAGUAGCUCGCUACGCCGCCGCCCCACUCGCCCGCUAUGCAGCUGCUCCGCUCGCGUACACAUCGCCCCUGGCUGCGCCCGCUCCUCUGGCGUACGCUCCCUCUUACGCGGCGCCUCUGCACUACGCAGCCGCACCAGCGCUAUGGUAA